UCCGAGGUGAAAUAAACGCACCACAGUAGACAGAGUUGGCUUGCAGUUAUGUUAUGACUCCGUUAAAUUGCAUAUGUUAACAAUGAAAAUAACUGUUUGCUUUAUCUCCAGUUAACACGGAUAUAAUGCCGUGUUGUAGAUCUUUGCUCCCCCUGUGGGCUUUCUGAAGGUGGGUCUUUGGGAGGUUAUGAUAGCGGCUAACUACAGCCAGCUAACCAGAUCCAGCCUCCGUGAUUCCUCGGUUGGUUUACGAGGUGUCCUCUCAUGUCUGUCUGGGAAGUGUCUGAACUACAAACUUUGAAUCAGAUUCUUGGUUUGGUGCUUCAGUUUAUCACUGAUCAGUGUUCUGUUUCACAAAACGAAAAUAAGGUGCUGUCACUUCUACGAUGGAGCAGAGUCAAUAGUUAGAAGAGCAGCAGGAGGAAAUGUUUCUUCAUCAUAAGCCACUGCAUUAACACAGUUCAACAGGGGUGGGGCUCUUUUGGCCAUACUUUACUUUAGGUUCUACUUUGUGAAGCUGAGGAAAUGGCUUUCUUGGACAAUCCAACAAUUAUUCUGGCCCACAUCAGACAGUCUCACGUGACCAGUGAUGAUACAGGAAUGUGUGAGAUGGUUUUAAUAGACCAGGAUGUGGAUCUGGAGAAGUGUCAGCUAACUCUGGUGCCUGGCAGCAGCUGUGGAUCAUCUGGGUCAACCUCUCUUAGUGAAGGCAGUGGUAGCAUGGUGGACAAUCAUACCUGUGACCUCUCUCAAUCUAUGGACAUUACCUCCAGCUGGGAUUUUGGCAUCCGUCGACGGUCCAAUACAGCACAAAGACUUGAAAGACUAAGAAAAGAACGGCAAAACCAAAUCAAAUGUAAAAAUGUUCAGUGGAAGGAAAGGACAACCUCCCAUUCUGCGGAGGAUUUGGGGUCUCUGUUUGAAAAACGGGACUACAAAGACAGGCCGCAAACAACAGGGGCCAAAUCCACCUUAUCACUGCGACUGGAACAGUGUCCCCAGCAGCUCAACAAUCCGUUCAAUGAAUAUUCUAAGUUUGAUGGCAAGGGUCACAUUGGUACCACAGCUACCAAGAAGAUAGACGUCUACCUCUCAAUGCAGAUGGCUCAGGAGAAAGUGCAUCCAAUGACAGUGGUGACCAUCGCAAAUGCGCGUGUUCACGACCUCAUUGGACUCAUCUGCUGGCAGUACACAAGUGAGGGACGAGAACCCAAACUCAAUGAGAACGUGGAAGCCUACUGCCUCCACAUUGCUGAGGAUGAUGGUGAGGUGGAUACUGACUUCCCACCACUUGAUUCAAACGAACCAAUCCACAAGUUUGGCUUCAGCACUCUGGCAUUGGUGGAGAAGUACUCUUCACCUGGCUUGACUUCUAGGCAGUCACUGUUUGUCAGAAUAAAUGCUGCUCAAGGUUUCUCUUUAAUUCCUGUGGAUAGUCUGAAGGUAACCAUGAAGGAGAUCCUCCAGAAAGCACUCAAGAAAAGAAAAGGUUCACAGAAAGGAUCAGGGCCUAUGUAUCGACUGGAGAAGCAAAUGGAGCCAAAUGUUGCAGUAGACCUGGAUUCUACUCUGGAAAACCAGAACCAGCUGGAGUUUUGCCUGGUCAGAGAAAACAGCUCCAGAGGUGAGGAGAGCUCAGAGGAAGACCCUACUAUUGACAUCACCACAGUCCAAGACAUGUUGAGCAGUCACCACUACAAGUCCUUCAAAAUCAGCUUGAUCCAUAAGCUGCGUUUCACCACAGAUGUCCAGCUAGGCAUUUCAGGAGAAAAAGUAGAAAUCGAUCCUGUUACCAAUCAGAAGUUUUGGAUUCGACAAAAACCUAUCUCUAUUGACUCGGACCACCUUUGUGCCUGUGACCUUGUAGAGGAGAGAAGCCCCAGUCACUCCAUUUUUAAGAUUACUUAUCACAGCAACCAUGACUAUAAGGCUCUCUACUUUGAGUCUGAUGCUGCUACUGUCAAUGAAAUUGUGCUCAAGGUGAACUACAUCCUGGAGUCCCGGGCUAGCACUUCUCGGGCAGAUUACUAUGCCCAAAAGCAACGCAAACUCAGCCGCCGGACUAGCUUUAGUUUCCAGAAGGAGAAGAAAACUGGCCAGUAGAUGCACACUGCUGAUGGUCUGUCUCUGAGAAUGCACAGUUAUAUCCGUCAGAGGCCUUUCACUCCAGCACAAUGAGCAUCUUGGAUGUAUUUCAGGAUUUCAGAUACAGAGACCAGAAAACAGGAGUUAUUCUGCUUUCAGCUGUUGCAGGUUGAAUGCCUCUGUAACUCCCAUAAAAGAGCAGAAUUUAUAAGAAAGGUGAACUUAGUUCUUUUUCUAGAAUUUACACAUCGAUGUUUGGACAGGUUAGCUGUCGUGUUGCAGUCAGAUGUUUUCUUCAUUUACUGCCUCUGUAUUUGAGCACUGCUCUCCAGGAUGGAAGAAGUUAGGCAUGUGAACCUAACACAAUACGCUAAAUGCUGAACAUCAGUUUCAUUUCUCUAUUGUUAAUAGAUUUGAAUCCUCACAAUUUUUUAGGUAUUGUUAAUAGACAUUUUAUAAAGCCAAGGCUUUACACCUCAGGCAUGAGAGUUAUUUACGUUCUGCAGCCGAUGUAUUUGGUACUCUUAUCUUAAAGUAGCACUGUCAACAACAACAUCCCCUGUUAGAUAUUUCCACAGUACUGUUGUAAACGCUGUUCAUUACAAUGUGAUUUAUCCUUUCAAUUUGCAAAAUCUUCAUCAACACUUCAAGUUCUGUUCACAAACAUAAAAAAAUAACUCAUAAUAUUAUCUACAUAAUAAUAUAUAACAAUAUAUAUAUAUAUAUAUAUAUAUAUAUAUAUAUAUAUAUAUAUAUAUAUUCAUCCAUGAAUGUCUUGGAUUCUGUUUAGAAAAUGUGCAUGAGAUCACAGUGCAGAUAUUGCAGCGCUUGUUUUAUUUCCGGCACAUUUUGCUUUUUGAUGUCUACCUUAUUUUUGGCAUCAAUACCACAUGAAUAAAAUUGCUGUAAGAUUGUUUAACACAGUCAUCUAUAUUGUCAUAUUUACAUGAAUAAAAAUUUCUUUCAGAAUUA